AUGGUCUCCCCCAAUCUCAGCAUUGCGAUUAUUGGGGCAGGACCAGCAGGCUGUCUGCUUGCCCGUCUGCUCCUCAAGUGCUCCAUCUCCCAGGUGGUAAUAUUCGAAGCUGAUCCCUCUCCGGACAGCCGGCGGCAAGGUGGCUCUCUCGAUCUGCAUCGCAAAACCGGUAUUGCGGCCUUGAAGCAGGCUGGGCUCUACAAAGAAUUCCUUCGACAUGCCCGCUUUGAUGGAGAAGCCUUUUGUCUCUGCGACAAACACUUAACAAGUGAUACCAUCAAUUCGCGGGCGGAACGCGCAACGCUAUUGCUCGAUCGUCUUCCGUCAGACAUGAUCCGCUGGGGCUACCGGCUUCUAUCGGUUUCCGAGGGCAACAUACUACAUUUCUCGCAAGGAGUGGAAAAGGGGCUUGACCUCGUAGUGGGUGCGGAUGGUGUCUGGAGCCAAGUUCGCCGUUUCUUAACACCGGAGCAGCCGCUCUUCUGUGGUAUUAUUGGCCAAGUAUACACGAUCCCGGACGCUGACACAACCGCCCCUAGCGUGGCGGCCCUUGUGAAUCGGGGCUCUCUUUAUGCAUAUUCUAACGGGAAAGGCCUCACAGGCCAACAGCAUGGCAACGGUAGUAUCCAAGUAACAGCAUGGACAAGGACCAGCCAGGAUGACGGUGUCCAUGUAUCAUUAGACGGCCAAUGCGUGAAGCGCAGGAUUAUCAACAGUUUUAGUGCUCGCCACAUUUACACGCUCCCGAUUGGAUUUCAGUGGAGAAGGUGUUCUGGUGUGACCCUCGUGGGUGAUGCAGCUCAUCCCAUGCCGCCAUUUGCUGGGGAAGGUGUCAACUUAGCAUUCGAGGAUGCCAUGAGACUUGCGGACGCCGUCAGCAAGUUGAUUAAGUACCCAAAUCUCACCCUGGAGAAGGUACUGCAAGCAUAUGAAAAUCAGGCCUUUCAACGAGCGCACAGGGCGCAAGACUUGAGUAUCGGUGUAUGA